GCAUGCGCGCUGGGCGGUACCGGCGCGGCCAUGGCGCACGGGCACGGGCCCGGCCGGUGCCGCUGCUGCGGGGAGGAGGCGGCGGAGCGCGGCGCGGCCUGGGGGCUCUACCUGCGCAUCGACCGGCAACGCCUGCAGUGCCUCAACGAGCGCCGCGAGGGCUCCGGAGCCACCGUGUUCCGCCCCUGGGAGGAGCGCGGGGACCGCUCGCAGUUCGUGGAAAGCGAUGAUGAUGAGGAGCUGCUCUUCAACAUCCCGUUCACGGGCAGUGUGAAGUUGAAAGGAGUCAUUGUGAUGGGCGAGGAGGACGGCACACACCCGGCAGAGAUGAGGCUGUUCAGGAACAUUCCUCACAUGUCCUUUGAUGACACAGCCAAGGAACCAGAGCAGACGUUCAGCCUGAGCCGGGAUCCCUUGGGAGAGCUGGAAUAUCCCACCAAAAUUGCCCGUUUCUCCAACGUUUACCACCUCUCCAUGCACUUCCCAAAGAACUUCGGAGCAGAGACAACCAAGAUUUUCUACAUAGGCCUGAAAGGGGAGUGGACGGAGGCUCACCGCCACGAAGUCACCAUCUGCAACUACGAAGCCUCGGCGAACCCGGCCGACCACAAGUUGGAACAGAUCACGCCUCAGACUCACUUCAUCUCCUAACGGGGCUGCCGGAGCCUGCCUGGGGCAGGAGCGGCUUCCCAAGGCGCCGGAGCAGCUCCGUGUUUGUGGGACGGGCACGGUGGUGCGGUGUGAGGCGGCCCCGCGGGCGGAGCCGCUCUGGAGGCCCGCGGGCACCGCCGAGCCGUGUGCGGGGCCGGUACCGGCUGUGACUGACAAUAAACACGCUGCGGUGCAGA